AUGGUAGCGCGUAGAAAGGAUGGGUGCGUUGUGAAUGGGAGGGUUGUGUGUCUGGGAGGAGGGGAGGAGGAGGAGGAGGAGGGACAGACGAAUGGGUUGUCGUCGCCAUUUUUGGGGCGGCGGUUCAGCGACGCGGCGGCAAACGUGCCGAUCAAGAAGCGGAGGAUACAGCUGGAGGUGGUGAGAUCGCCGUCACCUCCGCCUCCGAGUUCACCAGGAAGCCCAGAGGCAGAUGCGGAGAAGGCAGCGGCGGAGGAGGGCGUUGGGGGUGGUGAAGGUUGGGAUGGGGGGAGAGGAGGGAAGGCGGGCGGGAGUGCGAAGGGCGUGGGAGGUGCGGAUGCACAGGCGUUUGUGGGCGAAGCAGGCGGGGUAGGUUUGAUGGUGUGUGAGAAUGUGAGGCAGGGGGAUUGGGAAAAGAAGCAGGCGGGCGGGAGGGAGAGGCAAUGCGUGGAGGCGGAGAGCAGGGCGGCAGAUGCGUGCGGUGGGAGAACAGGUGCAGGGGAGGGUGUGAUGUGUGGUGGAAGCGUCGGGGCGGGGCAGUCGGGCCCGGCGGACGGGUGCGAGGGGGAGGUAGAGCAGGGGAAGGGGAGGAGGGAUGUGGGGGAGAAUGGGAGAACGGGUGGCGGCAAGGCAGCGGAGGAGGGAAGCGGGUGGAGAGGUGACGUAGGUGCUCAAGGAGCGGCAGUGGCAGGAGUGGAUGGGGAGGGCAGCAUGAAUGGGCGGGAGGAAGAGGGAGAAGGCAUCGUGGGAUCGGGGGUGGCGCGUGAGGAGGUGGUAGGCGCGUCGGUGCAGAGGACGGGAGGUGCAGUAGGCGAAUCAGAGGGAGUUGUGGAGGUGGGGAGGGAGAGAGGGGCAGCGGCGGGUAGGAGUUGGAAGAGGAAGUUUUCGGACGGCGAGAGGGGCGAUGGCGAGGGGGGUGUUCCGAGGGCGAAGGAGUGGGUGAAGGCGAGGUCUGGGGAGCGAGGCGGAAGCGCGAGCUUGGAGGAGUCAGGAGCGAGUGCGGGGGAGAACAGCAUGUUGCGGGACGAUAGGCUGCAUUGGGACUUGAACAUGGACAUGGAAGAAUGGGGGACGGUGGCGGAAGAGGAGAGCGGCGCGGGGUGGGCGGAGAGGUCGCGGUUGGGUGGAAGGAUUGGGGCGGAGAAGAGGGAGAGCAUGCGCGCGAACAUGGUACAAGAAUCAGAGGGAGGGGUGCGGAAGCGCGCAGCGCAGGGUGGUGCGGAUGCAGGCAGCGGUGCAGAAGGGAGAGUCGGUAGUGUGAGCGGCGAGGGGAGGGAGUGCCUGGGCGUGGACGCGAGGGUGGCGGGGGGGAUGGGGAUGGGGUCGCACUGCGUAGAUCCGGCGCUGCGGUUCAAGGGGGUGGGCGAGAGGUUCGGUCCCGGUCCCGGUCCCGGGCUGCCUCCCGGGGUGGGGAGUUCGAUGGGGCGCGGGGGGCCGGGAAUGAUGGGCGGGCCGGACCGGAGCAGAUUCAGGUGGACGCGGGGAGAUGGAGGUUUCGCGGGGUCAGUGGAGCAAGACGAGAGGGGAUUCUCAGGGAGGCGGCGUGCGGUGGAGGCAGGGACGGCGGGGGAGGCGAGCGCAAGAUCCAGGGUGGGCGCAACACCACCAAGAUCGAUGUCGAACAACGAGGAGGCGGGGGAGGAGGCGGGAGGAGGGAGCGAAGCGCGGAAGAGCAGAAGUGCGCACGGGAGCGAGGCGAAAGUGGAGGGGGAGGGUGCGAGUGUGGGUGCGGGCAUGGAUGCGGAGGGUCCCGGUGGGCAGCAGGGGGCGCCGUCACCUCCGAAGCUGCCGCUGCCGCCACCUCCCCCGAGGGCGCAGAGGUCUCCGCCAGCGGGUCUGAAGCGACUGCUGAACAACAAGAGGGAGGAGGAGUGGCCGCGAGGACGAGAGAGAAGCAGGGAGAGGGAGAGGGAGAGGGUGGGAUCACGAGGGCAUUACUCGCCUUCACGGAGAUCCUCGCCGCACGUGAUCCACGGGUCAGCGUUGACGGACGAGCGGGACAGGCUGUUGCUGGCGGGGAUCGACAGGUCUCGGGAGCCAGGGGCAUCGGGGUCGGGUUCGACUGAGGAAGCGGGGUCGCACAGGGGGAGGUCGAUGGAGGGUGGCCACGAAGGGAGAAGAGCGCAACACCACGAGGGGCGAAGGCAGGAGGGAGAGAGCCACGCGGGGAAGGGGGAGGAGUUGACGGGCAGAUCACGAGCACAGAGCAAGGACGAGGGAGGGAGGGGCGGCGAUGGGAAGGAGUCGAGAGCGGAGAGCGAGCGGCGCAGCGCGUCGAGGGGCGGGAGUCGGAGAGAGAGCCAGAAGCCCGGAGGCGAGAGCAAACACAGCAGCAGCCGGGAGGGCGAGGACGACGUAGCUCCGAGGCGGCGGAGACCAUCUUUUGGUCGCAAGUGGCAGGCGAGGACGCGCAGGGAGGGUGGCGUGAGCGUGCACAUCCACAGGGAUAUGGGUGGGGUUGGUGAUGGCAAGAAGUCGGCGGAGUCGGGUUGGACAACGAAGGCGUGA